GGACCGAACCCGCGUCUCCGAGCUCGACUGCGGACGAAUCCCAGUGCCGCGCGCGGGACUGGCCUUGUGAGGUGGGGGGGAGGCUGUGCGGCGCGGAGGGAUACGCCUCGGCCGCGCCUCCCGCUCCCCGCGCCUCCGCCCCCGCCUCCCUCCCCGCCCGGCUGUGCUGCCGCCGCGGCGGCCGCUGGUGCCGCCGCCGCCGCCGCCGCCGCCGCCGCCGCCUGGAUAUAGUGCGGCAGGGAGCGGCGCUUGCAGUCACUUGGCGAGCAGGAGCGCGCGGGCUGCGGGCGGCUGGGGCGCCCCGGGAGCGGCGGCGGCUCUAGCGGACACGGCCUGGGCAGCGGCACGGCCCCUCUCCGCGGCUGGACUUAAUAACUUUGGAACUGUCCACCGGUGGCACGUCCUGAACAUGAGCCUCCUCCUCGCCUUCUACCUGCUCGGGUUGCUUGUCAGUCGCGGGCAAGCUCUUCUUCAAGUGACAAUUUCACUUAGCAAAGUAGAGCUAAGUGUGGGUGAAUCUAAAUUCUUCACAUGUACAGCUAUUGGAGAACCUGAGAGUAUAGAUUGGUACAAUCCUCAAAGAGAGAAGAUAAUUUCAACGCAGCGGGUAGUCGUGCAGAAGGAAGGUGUGAGGUCACGACUAACCAUCUACAAUGCAAAUAUAGAAGAUGCAGGGAUUUAUCGUUGUCAAGCAACAGAUGCAAACGGCCAGACACAAGAAGCUACAGUUGUUUUGGAAAUUUAUCAAAAGCUCACUUUCAGAGAAGUGGUUUCACCACAAGAAUUCAAACAAGGAGAAGAUGCAGAAGUGGUUUGCCGAGUUAGCAGUUCACCUGCACCCGCUGUCAGCUGGUUGUAUCAUAAUGAGGAAGUCACCGCUAUUUCCGACAACCGAUUUGCUUUGUUAGCCAACAAUAAUCUGCAGAUUCUCAACAUCAGUAAGAGUGAUGAAGGUAUAUACAGAUGUGAAGGAAGAGUGGAAGCUAGAGGAGAGAUUGACUUCCGUGAUAUCAUCGUUAUUGUUAACGUGCCACCAGCAAUCACAAUGCCUCAGAAAUCCUUUAAUGCCACCGCAGAGCGGGGAGAAGAGAUUACGUUAUCCUGCAGAGCAUCGGGCUCCCCAGAGCCCUCCAUCUCCUGGUACAGAAAUGGCAAAUAUAUCGAAGAAAAUGAAAAGUAUACGUUGAAAGGAAGCAAUACAGAACUAACAGUCAAAAAUAUAAUCAACAGUGAUGGGGGCCCUUACGUCUGCAGGGCCACGAACAAGGCAGGGGAAGAUGAAAGGCAGGCUUUUCUUCAGGUCUUUGUGCAGCCUCACAUAAUACAACUUAAAAAUGAGACGACAUAUGAGAAUGGUAAAGUCACCCUUAUAUGUGAAGCUGAAGGAGAGCCCAUUCCUGAAAUCACCUGGAAAAGAGCAGUUGAUGGAGUCACUUUUUCAGAAGGCAGUAAGAGUCCAGACGGGCGCAUUGAAGUCAGAGGGCGGCACGGAAGCUCCUCCCUGCAUAUUAAAGACGUGAGUUUGACAGACUCCGGCAGAUAUGACUGCGAAGCUGCGAGUAGAAUCGGAGGGCAUCAAAAGAGCAUGUUCCUGGAUAUUGAAUAUGCUCCCAAGUUCAUAUCAAACCAAACAACUUAUUAUUCUUGGGAAGGAAAUCCAAUUAAUAUAAGCUGUGAUGUGAAAUCUAAUCCAAAUGCACUAGUCCACUGGAGAAAAGAGAAAUUAAUACUUCCAGCUAAAAACACCACUAAUAUUAAAACAUACAGUAUGGGAAGAAAGAUGAUAUUAGAGAUUGCACCUACAUCAGACAGUGACUUUGGACGAUAUAACUGCACAGCCACUAACCGUAUUGGAACAAGAUUUCAAGAAUAUACCCUUGCUUUAGCUGACGUACCAUCAAGUCCCUAUGGAGUGAAAGUUAUAGAGUUAUCACAGACCACGGCCAAGGUCUCUUUCAACAAGCCUGAUUCCCACGGGGGAGUCCCUAUUCAUCACUACCAAGUGGAUGUCAAAGAAGUGGCAUCAGAGACCUGGAAAAUAGUACGCUCCCAUGGAGUUCAAACAACGGUUGUUUUGAGCAACCUGGAACCAAAUACAACUUAUGAAAUCAGGGUCGCAGCUGUCAAUGGAAAAGGACAAGGAGAUUACAGUAAAAUAGAAAUUUUCCAAACAUUACCAGUUCGUGAGCCAAGUCCUCCCUCCAUACACGGGCAGCCAAGCAGUGGAAAGAGCUUUAAACUCAGUAUCACUAAGCAGGAUGAUGGAGGAGCGCCUAUUUUGGAAUACAUUGUGAAAUACAGAAGUAAAGAUAAAGAAGACCAGUGGCUAGAGAAAAAAGUGCAGGGAAAUAAAGAUCACAUUAUUUUAGAGCAUCUGCAGUGGACAAUGGGGUAUGAAGUCCAGAUUACAGCAGCCAAUAGAUUGGGAUACUCAGAACCAACAGUCUAUGAGUUCAGCAUGCCACCAAAGCCCAACAUUAUAAAAGACACACUUUUUAAUGGUCUUGGGCUUGGAGCCGUCAUUGGCCUGGGAGUUGCGGCACUUUUGCUAAUCCUCGUGGUAACCGACGUCAGUUGUUUCUUUAUUCGACAAUGUGGGUUAUUGAUGUGCAUCACCAGGAGAAUGUGUGGGAAGAAGAGUGGCUCCAGUGGCAAAAGUAAAGAACUGGAGGAAGGAAAAGCUGCAUACUUGAAAGAUGGAUCAAAAGAACCCAUAGUGGAGAUGAGAACAGAAGAUGAAAGAAUUACUAAUCAUGAAGAUGGGAGCCCAGUAAAUGAGCCAAAUGAAACAACACCACUAACAGAACCCGAAAAAUUGCCUUUAAAAGAAGAAAACGGGAAGGAAGUCAUAAAUCCAGAAACUAUAGAAAUUAAGGUUGCAAAUGAUAUCAUCCAAUCAAAAGAGGAUGACAGCAAAGCAUAACAAGAUCCCAGAGGAUUAAACAACCCGACAAAGAACAUUUGGAUUGCAGUGACCCUAUGACCAAAACUAUUCCACUGACCUUAAUUUCUUGGGGAAACUACUAGCUUGGAAUAGCUUGUAUACAUAUACAUAUGAUCAAAUAUUCCUGUCCAUGGUCCAUUUCCUUUUGUUGUUGUUGUUGUUGUUAUUGUUGUUUGAUUUGUCAAGAAUUUCAGUAUAGAGACAUGACUGGCACCAACUCUGGUAUAAAAUUGAAUCUAUGAUUGAGGUAUUAUCAUUUAUAAUACAGCAAAAGUGCUCAGUUUCUGAAGAAUAAUAUUUCACACUGUAACUGCUCCCAAAUAGGGGAGAAAGAGAACAAAAGCUUGAUAAGCAAAAUGUAUGAGAAAGCCCUGAAUGUUUUUUUUUUUUCAACUCUGUUUUUAGCAAUUAAAUAAUUUAAGUGGCUUUCUGCUUUUGGAGAAAACAAUAAAUGUUACUUUUUUUUUAUCUUGUGACUUCCGGGGAAUCAGAGCUUAAAGGAGACAGUUUUUAAUUUAUUUAUUUAUUUUUUAGUUCAUAUUAAAUAUACAGAGAAAUGUAGAGAAAAAGCUUUUCAAGUUAUUGUUACAGUGUUAUCCAAUGGGGAUUUUGAAUAGACUAAAGUGCCAGAUAAAAAUUCUUAUCGUCUUAUCCUUACAGGAAUAUUGGUUGUUGCAAAAUUAGAUUAGGAAGAUUCUGUAAAUCUCUUAUCUCUUUAUCUAUGCCAUUUUCAGUAACAUACAAAAAUGUAUUGCAAGUAAAACUAAUAUUGAUUUUUGCCCUCAGCUUCAAAUAAAGUAAAUUUCAAUGGGAAAAUAUUAAUGUUGUCUUGAUAUAUUUAUAAAUAUGUGAUUUUUUUUGCUUUUAAGAGAAUUUCAGUUAAGAAACCCCAGACUUUGGUACUUAGAUACUUCAAACAGUAUCAUAAGAAAUAUAUUUUUUGCCCAUUGUUUUAUAUGACUUGGUUGAAAAACUCAUAUUUUCCCGUGUUUCAGGUAAAUUAUUAAAUGCAAUUGGCUAGUAGAAAUAUAAAUAUUUAGUUUGGUUUAAAUAAGGAGAAAUGACAACAGUGUAACAUGUCAUAAAAGUGUCAGUUAUAAAUAAUUAAAUUGCCACUAUCUCUUUCUAUUCUGUUUAUUGCACCUAGAAGUCAUUUUAAGAUUUUAGUAAACAUCUGUGUUUGAAGAAAUUCCUUUACUGUUCAGCACAGAAUUUCUAAUAUUACUUUAUAGGGCCUAUAUCAGAAUAAAAUAGACACUACCUUCUAAGCUAUGCAAGCUCCCAGAGACUAAAACAUGAUUUUAACUUAUAUGUAAGGUAAAAUAUAUCUAUAUAUUUAUGGAUAUAAAUAUAUAUAUGCCAAUUGGGAGCAGGUUUUAGAUUAUUCCUUGCCCUAGAGAACCAAAGGUUUCUUUAGGCCCCAUGUCAUUCAUAAACUUUAGUGUUUCAGGGAGUAUUAUGGCUCAAGUAUUAACUGAGCAUGUGAUACCUCCUAAUAAAACACUCAAGUAAUAUUCUAAUAGUGCAGAGGUACCUUCUUCAGAAUGUCUCUAUAUAAUGGUAAAUUGGUUAAUAAUAAAUGUAAUAUUAAUAUCAUUUAUAAAUGUUUUCUUUGCAAAGUGCUGAAAAUCAUAAACAAAUGUUAAACAACUAAUUCUGACAAAUUUUUUCUAUCAGCAGGACAAAAUUUCCAUCUUUAUGUUCAGGCAUUCAAUACUCGGUGUCAUUGCCAUAAUUUUCAGGGUUAUGAUAUAGGGAUAUCCCCUUUCUAUUCUUUCUGUCAUCUUCUAAAAAAUUCUUUUUCCUAGGAAAAAAAUUGAAAAAGAAAUGUCCAACAGAUUUUUAGAUUGUUUUUAUGUUUGUUUAAUCAUUGUUCUGAUUUAUUUCAUUGUUUUUUCUACUUCUAUAUCAACGUGCUAAAAUUAGUCAAAAUAUAUAAAUCGGUUUGUGUGAAGUAUUUAACUGGUCUUAGCAAGUUAUUUUUUAGUGAAUACUUUUGUAAGUCAUGAACUUCCUAUUUCUUUUUCCCUUGGAGAGAACUACAUGGUUUAAGCUAAUGAAAGUGAAAGAAUAAGACAAGAUGGCAAUUUAGUAUGUUUACUCUUGUUAUAGCUGUAAUCUACUUCAAUAACAAAGAAAUAACAGUAAAGAACAUACAUUUUUGUGUUAUCUCCAUUUGAAAAUGAUAUUUCAAUCAUUUUGGGUAUUUCAUGUAAAACAAUACUCUUUUCUUUUAUCAACAGUGAUCUCUAUAUACGCUAUUAAAUUUCUUGCCACUAAUAUGGAAUAACUGAUGUUAAUAAUAAUCUGGAGCUAAAUGUAGACAAACUAUUUCAAGAGCAUUAUAUCAGUUCUAGGAGAGGUCCCUUUCCUUUGUUAUGAAAUUGUGUCAUGCAGCUACAAAGUAAUACUGUGAUUAACAAAAAAAUAGUUAAAUGUUUCAAAUCCCUCUGUCUGUCACUGUCAUUGUCAUCCCAUUGCUCAUCAAUUGGCUCGAGUGGGCACCAGUAACGUCUCCAUUUUGAGACUUGUUGUUACUGUUUUUGGCAUAUGGAAUAUACUAGGGGUAGCUUGCCAGGCUCUGCCAUGCUGGCGAGAUACUCUCCGUAGCUUGCCGGGCUCUCCGAGAGGGGCGGAGGAAUUGAACCCGGGUCGGCCUACUGCUGUGCUAUCACUCCAGCCCUCUUAUCUGUAAGUUUCCAAAUUUGAGAUGUCUUGCAGUGAAUUGUAAAAUAUGAGUAGAAUAUUUUGUUUAUUUUUCACUUGCAUUCAAGACUAAAAAGAUAGGUAUAAUAGAUGUUAUUUUUGCAGCAAGAGAGUGUUAGUAAAAAAAUGUCAAAACAGUAGACUGAUUAUAAGAACUUUGAAAUAAUCAGAACCCUAAACAACUUUUAAAAAAUAGCAAAGAUACCACUCAAAGCAUUGGCAUUUCUUGAUAUUUGCAAUUAGGCAGAGACAAUCUAUAUUCAAUAACACAAAAGAUGAAACAAUAUAAACAUUUUAGCACAUAUUUUAUGUAUAAAACUUGCACAGGUAAAUCUGUCACAUAUUUUGUAAUGAUUUACAAAAUAAUUAAGAUUGUGAUUUCUAAAUAUUUAUUUAAUAUUUUUGUGGGCUGACGUUUGAUACUAAUGUCUAACUAUAAGGCUUUGUUUCUCAAGUUUUUAUUUAUUUUUAACACAAAUACAUAUAAAAGCAAUUUUCAAAGACAUUUUAUCUAGUAAAGUUUGUGCAAACCUUGUUUUUUAUUUAAACAUUUAUAUGAAUGUUUUAUUAAUCUUAUUAUUUAUUUGAGUGACAAGAAUUAGUUAUAACUUUAUAAUCAUGCCUUUACCUUAUGCUCAUUUUUAAAUAAUUACUAUGUAUUGUGCCUUUGAAUUAGCAUGGGAUACUCUUUGUUAAAGGAAAAGAAACAACUGAAUCUUUUCUGAUAUAUUUAUUUCUUAUCUGUAACACUUAAAUAGUACAUUAUUUACAUUUAGUGAACAAGCUUGAUUCAAAUUACUAUUCCUUGGAUAUAAAAAUCUAUCUAAAUAUAACAAAUAAUACCAGGUAUUUAUUUCUAGAUGACAAAACAAUUAUUUUGAUCUAUAUUUAAUUUAUUUGGUAUUGUUGUUCUAGACAAUAUUGUUGAAAUGAAAUUUUACCAGUUCCAAGUCAAAGACAACAGAUGAUGUUUUAAAAAUAAGGUAAAUGACUAUGUGUAUAUACAUAUAUAUACAUAUCAUUCCUGUUAAAUACAUGUAUAUCAAAAUUAUUUUUAAUAUUGGUUUUAAGAGAAUCACUGGUAAAGGCAUCUAUAAUUAAAGUGAUUGAAAUAACUCCCAUUUCUUUAUUUAAGGUAUCAAUCAUAAUUAGUACAUUUGUAAUUUUUAUAGAUACUAAUAGUAUUUUAAAAGUUCAAUUCCUUUUGGAGUUCUUUUUCAUAGUCAUAUACAGAGGGCUCCUUCAGCAAACUUUAUGAGGGUAAAAACGAUUUUUAAGUGACAUUUUUUGGGCCGGAGCAAUAGUAUAGUGGGUAGGGCGUUUGCCUUGCAUGUGGCCGACCCUAGUUUGAUCCCCAGUAUCCCAUAAUGGUCUCCCCAUAACUGCCAGAAGUAAUUCCUGAGUGCAGAGUGAGGAAUAACCCAUGAGCAUCGCUGGGUGUGACCCAAAAAGCAAAAAAUAAAUAAAUAAAUAAAUAAAGACAUUUUUAGCUUUAGUUAUCUUUAGAAAAAAAGGACUUCUUAUCUUCUUAUUAACCCUGUGUAAUAUUACUGCAUUGUGUCUCAUAUUGAAAAUACUAUAUGGAAUAUUAACCAAGGCUAAAUUUACAUUGUGAAAAGUCACAGAAAUGAUGAACUUCAAUCCUAAUAUGAAAAUAUUUCAAGAAAUUAUUUUGUUCAUUGAAAUUUAUAAUGUUCUGAUAUUAAAUAAUUAUAUAUAAAUGUGAAUAUUAUUUUUAAAAGGGGGAUCCUAGAUGUAGUUGUUGCCAAAAAAAAUAUAACUUUCUCCAGGUCUCUGUUGUACUUUUUAAAAACUGCAUGUACCCAAGUAGAUGCAGUUGUAUAACAAAAUUAUACAAGAAUGCUAUUAAUAGAUAAAUUAAUUUCCCACAUAUAAAAGUUGGUAACUUUUAUAUUAUAUAUAAUGUUUAAUAUUUAUUUGAUAAUGCAUUCAAUAGUAUUAGAAAAUAUUUCAUUUUUCACUAUUGGCCUUCUUUAAUAGUGCACAUAUAUGUAUAUGUAUAUAUAUAUGGAUGCUUAUAUAUACAUAUACAUAUAUAGAUAUAUAUUCAUUGGUACCACCAUUAGUUUUUAAAUAAUUUUCAGGAUUGUACCACAUGAUAUUCAUAAUAAUAUAAAAAUUUCCCAUGUAAGUUUAAUAUUGGCAUUACUAUUUAUGUUUUCUUUUACCUGAAAUGUAAAAAUAUAUCUUUUAGCAUCUGCUCUUAUUCUUCCUUUCAAAAGAAUAAGCAAAGAAAUGAUUCUUCAGGAUUUCAGAUCACAACCAUGAAUAGGAGGCUAGAGAAGUAGAGAAUUGAAAAACCCAGAAAGGAAAAAUCUACUACUUAGUGUGAAAGGUGUUGGACAGACACUAAAAUUAUGACUUAUAAAGACAGUAAAAUUAAUUAAGUUGUGCAGAAAACAAUUAACAAAAUAAUUGUGAUAGUGAGGGGAGAAAGCUAACUAGAACCUGUGAUUCAAUUUUGCAAAUUGUGUUUUUUUUUAAAGAACAUGUAUUAUCUAAAAUAAAUGAUACUGUCAUAAUCAAACAUUUUGUUCCAAUUCUUAGAGGAAUGUUCAUGGUUUAGCAUUUGUCUCUAAACUAUGUUAGGAAUAUGUGAACUUUUUAGCUAUAAGGGUUUUUUCUCUUUUUUGGUAUGUAAUUUCUAUACUGUGUUCAGUAUGCAUUGAAACAUACUUCUAUUUUCUUUAACUUAUAUAUUUCAUUCAAAUUCUAUACUAUUAAGUUAGCUAUCACAAUGUUUUCCUAUUGUUUCAAUAUAGUGUGUCCCUAUGAAAUGCUGUAUAUACAUGUUUAAACUGUAAAAAUUAUAAUGCAAAUGUUGAAGUUUUGUAUUUAUGAGAGACAUUGAAAGUAUGGCUUACAGUAUAUCAAAAUUGUCAUUCUUCACCAUUUGUAUAUUAAUAGUAAAAUACUUUUACUUUAAUAAAGUGUUGCACUUAUGUUUAUUUUGAAUAAUCUCUGCAAUGGAUGAGCUUAUGAUUUCACAAAAUGCUUUCAGUUUUUCAACCAAAACCAAGUAUAUUUCUCUAUUCAAGAUCAUAGAAGAAAAUGCUUGCUGAUCUAUCACAUCACUUUCAUUCACAGUCUUUUGACUUCUAAUCUGUACAUAAGUGAAGGAGUAUUUGAUUCCAGUGAUUUCAAGUUGUAUUACUGAAACCACAUUCUAGUAUUAGCUCUUUGUGGCACACGCAGACAUAACACGCUGAUUAAAAAUCAAAAACAAACCAAAAAAAGUAGUUGGAAAGAGCAGAGAGAGACCUUCAUGAAUUCUAAAAGGAAAGAAUCUAACCAGUCCUCACAUGGAAUUAAAUAUAUUUGAAUUUUAUUUUUAUGAACCAGUUUAGAUCAAUUUUAAAAUAAAACUUUUAAAUUUUUAAAGCUG